ACAGUUCUCCUUACCAAAAUCAUCUCUAUCCCAAAAAUAACAAUUACAUCAAAUGGCACAAUUAGAAUCGGAAAUGUUUUAUUUUCUUUGGCUUUUGAGUUUUGGUUUUGAUUGUUGGUGUUUUGCUGAUGUGAUCAGGAGUGAGGGGGCUAGAGAUACAUGGGAAUUUUGUUAAGCUCUCGGCGAUCGGAGUCUAUUUGGAGAAUAAGGCCGUGCCGGCGCUGGCCGCUAGGUGGAAGGGUAAGACGGCCGAGGAGUUGACGGAGUCCGUUGAGUUUUUCAGGGAGAUUGUAACAGGUCCGUUUGAGAAAUUCACACAGGUGACGAUGAUUCUACCACUGACGGGCCAGCAAUACCCGGAGAAGGUUUCAGAGAAUUGUGUUGCGAUUUGGAAGAAAUUUGGAAUAUACACUGAUGCAGAAGCUAACGUCAUUGAGAACUUCAUUGAGGUCUUCAAAGAUCAGACUUUCCCACCCGGAGCCUCUAUCUUCUUCACACAAUCACUAAAUGGAUCAUUGACGAUCGGCUUCUCCAAAGAUGGUUCCAUACCCGAAGUUGGGAAUGCGGUGAUUGAGAACAAGUUACUUUCAGAAUCAGUUCUGGAGUCAAUCAUAGGAAAGCAAGGUGUUUCUCCUGAAGCAAGGAAAAGUGUCGCGACAAGGCUAUCAGAAUUGUUGAAAGAGAGUGAUCAUUGCGUGGCCGGAAAUGGGAAAGUGGAAGAGUACCCAAAGGAAGCAGAAGUUAAGGCCUGAAACUAGUAGAAAAAACAAUGAAAUGAUCUUAUUCUGUACUUGAUGGUCUGCUUUUAGCUUCUGAUAACCUUUCUUUUCUGUCCAUAUGAGAAAUAAUCAAGCAUGCAUUUUUAGUUUGUUCUGUUCUACAUUGC